AUGGGCCGCUCGUGGGAGGAUCGCAAGAAAGGCGGAGGAAAACCACCUGGAUCCGGUGGGUCACGUUGGGGAUAUUGGCAUGGAGCCUACAGCCCCAACUACCGUGGACGAGGCCAGGGCCAAGACUCCUGGCAGGACGAAGAGACCCGGCCCCAGCCGGCCAGUUUCCCAGCCUACGAUUCCAAAGACCGUGCAGCUGCUUUUCGCAAGGAGCAGCAAGCCAAGACCUGGAAGACCGGCGAGGACAGUUUGAUGCGACAAGACGAUCCACAAGAGACGAUGACCAACGACCUCCAGGAUCACAUCAAUGUGACCAGACGUUCCGAACAGCGAGUAAGGAACCUCAUGAAUGCCAAAGAAAAGAAGGAGCGGCUCUGGCUCAAGUACCAGGAGGAGAUGAAACAGACGCUGCAACGGGAAUCGCAGCGGCAUGCCAAGGCCAUGGAACACUUCGACAAGGACCUUGCCGCCGCGGUCUCAGCAAGAGAGGAAGCGCGCAGCAAUCUGCGGCUCUUUUUCCAGCGGGGUGGAGAGAUACCACCCAUGGACGACCCCCCCGGCGAGGAUUGGUCUGCAACAAUGGAGGCCUGGCGGAAGGAGACACAAGAGCAAGAGACUCCUCAAGCAGUACUCCAGCGGGCCUUUCAAAGUCGACCACCCACGGCAACUGGUCUGGGACAUCCAGCUUUGGGAAGCUUGAUGACACCAGAGGCGGCUGCACGUUUGCUGGAGGCGACGAUCCUCAGCCAGGGCUUGGGUCAUGGAGGGAGACACCCCCUCGCAGCGCCCUCCACACAUGGCCCUGGCAUGGAUACUACGGCUGCUGUCGCACGCACAGCCGAGGAGUCGGACAACAGAGAGAGGAGCCAUCCAGUGGCGCCCUAUGUCUCCUCUCCUUCACAUCCCAGAGUCGAACCGCCUCCUACCAGCAGCCCGACCUCGGCGCCGAAGGCCAGCCCGGCAACAAGGACUCGACCCCGCCAACCUAUCAAGGGGGCACCUUUGCAGCCCGUGCAUACUCAACAGACCAAUACUUUGUCGACCAAGCUGGAGGCCAAGCGCCAAGCACUUGCUGCAGAGCAGGCCGCUACUCCCUCGGGUACUCUUGCCAAUCCCGAACACCAGGAUGGUACGACCAGACCGGCUGUGCAAUCUCUGGUGGACGACGACGACGAAGACCUCAAGGAGACCCACACCACCGACACGGGCAGAGACGGCCACCUCGAUGGUCUCGGCUAG